AAAUCCUAUUCGUUUCUAAUUAUAAACAAUUUGUGUAAAUUCCUUUAAAAAAUCUUUAAUGUUUAGUGAUUGUUCUGUGCAGUUAAUUAAAUUUCUGAUUGAAACUACGUAAUGAAUAAUUAAAACAUAUAAUUAGAAGAUUCAAGAAAGAUUUUGUUGAUCAUUUAGCGCACUUCAAGUGAAGAGAAACUUCUUACUGACAUAAUUCAUUUUUGGCUAUGUGCUUAGGGUAGAUCCAGUAUAUAGCAAACAUAUUUGCUUAUUAGGUGCGUUGGAACAUAGGUAGUGCUGCUGUUCAUCUCUUCAAGUAUAGGUAUCUCUAUGAUGUUUUCAUCAGGUCUUAGCUGCAAUCUAUCCUUUCCCAGUUGUCUGGGUUAUCCACAGGACAACGAAGAAUUAAUACCAAAAAUGGCUAGAGAGCCAAUAAUCCUUAAUGUUUAUGACAUGUAUUGGAUAAAUGAAUAUACUACCCCAAUUGGAUUAGGUGUAUUUCAUUCAGGAGUUGAAAUAUAUGGAACAGAAUAUGCAUAUGGAGGUCAUUCUAAACCAAUUUCUGGAAUUUUUGAGAUUACACCAAGAGUUGCUGAAGAAUUAGGAGAGCAAUUUAGAUAUAGGCAAUCAGUUCACAUUGGAUAUACAGACUUCACAGAAGAAGAUGUAACUAGGAUUGUUACUGAAUUAGGAAAAGAUUUUAGGGGUGAUCGUUACCAUUUAAUGAAUAAAAAUUGUAAUCACUUUAGCAGUCAACUUACACUUAUUUUGUGUGGUCAAGAAAUACCGGGUUGGGUAAAUCGCCUUGCAUAUUUUAGUUCAUGUGUACCCUUUCUUCAGCGUUGUUUACCAAAGGAAUGGUUAACGCCUGAUGCACUUCAACACUCCUUAAAUCAAGUCAGCCAUGAAAGUACAUCUUCUGAAAGAGUUACACCAUUUAGAGAGUUUAUGCGCAAAGGAAGUUUAUCGUGACAGUAACUACAUUGCCAAGAUGAUGGAAACCGAGAAACAAAACCGUCAAAUGAGGUACAAAUUUAAUAUUGUACUCUAGAAUUGCAGUGGUGAUUUAACAAUACAGAAAAAAAUGCCUUUCUUGCAACAUGUCGUCUUUUAAAUUUUGGACGGCAGUAUACAUUGUCGCGUGUGUUCUUUGUUGUAUUAUACAGUCGAUUUAACAGAUAUAUAUUUGCUAUAUAAUUACGCAUAAAUCAAAGGCAUAAAGAGACUGGAACGUAUUUAUUUAUUAGUUAAUCACGUUAAUUUUUGUAGGAAAUGUGAGUAAGAUUUUAUACGUAAUAUCUUUUAUUUCAAAUUGUAUUUGAAAAUUAAUAUUUGUAAAACACACAGUACAUUGAAAUUAUAUUUUAGAAAUAUCUAGUGAUGUUUUUGUGAACAUUGAAUAACCUGGUUUACAUUAUGCUAUAAAAUAUGCUAUGUAUACAUGCGACACCUCUCUGUACAGCUGCCAUUAAUAUUGUUAGGAAAUUUAAAUGAAGAAUGAAUUUAAUAUUGACAUUCAUAUAUAAUAAAUAAUUAAAUUACGAAUAAUUUAUUUUUCAUCUAUGAUUUAAUGAAAAUAUGUUUUCUGCAAAUACUUUUAUAAGGAACAUAUUUAUAAUUUUGUAAUUAAGAUAUUCAGUCAACACUUCUGCACCAUAUGGAUGCUCUUGAAUUUUGCACGAUAUAGAACAGUAGAAUUAAUAUAGUAUUAUAAUUUCGGAAGCCUUUGCCAGAUUUAGAAUCUAAUGAGUUCUUUUUAAAUAUAAAUCAUUACUGAUGUUACUAAAAUGUUGUUGACACCAAGUUUAUAAUGUUAUAUAUUGAAAAAAUAAAAAAUUCAUAAAGUUAUUCAAAUAUAAUAUAAAUACAAAAAAAUUCUGAUAAAUAUAUCAUAUUUGUAAAAUGUAACACAAAAAUCAAGUAACAAUUAGUGCCAAUUAAACUUUUCGUUAAUUCUGUUUUAAUGACUAAUAUUAGGAAGUCAUAUGUUGCCAUUAGGAACUCAUAGAUGUUACUAAUCAUGUUAUAUUGUUAUAUUGCUGGCCAAUGUUAAUAUGUGAAUACUUUUCACUGAAUCAUUUGUAGUAAAAUUUCAAUUAUAACAAUUAGUAUUUUUAUUAUUUUAUAUAAAAGGUCAAUAAAAAUAUUAAUUACGCUUUAUUUAUAUAAUUAUAUUAUAAAAAAAGUUUUCUAAAUUUUAAAUAGAAAUCAACUUGAAUUAAUAAAAUUAUUUAGUAUAUUAAAUUACCUAAAUUAUUUCAUGUGUUUCUAUGUAAUAUACAUUUAAAAAAUAUCUUCUUUAUAUAUACAUAUGUAUUUGCAAAAAAGGGUAUUGAAAAUAAUUAGUUGUCAUUAAUGUUUUAUAGAUCGAAGCAUGUUAUGUUUUGUAUUCCUCAUUAAUAUUUGCAUUAAUACAAAGUUAUAAAAUGAAUUACUUAUGCGAUAUAGAAAUGAGUAUAGCAUACUAAAAUAAUGAAGCAUAUAAAGCACAAUAUACAGUAUAAGUACAAAAACUUAUAUAUCUUUCUAAAUGAUCUUUUUUAUAAUGAUAUUCAGUUUAUUGUUUUAGUAGGUACUUUUUUCUUACUGUUAAUAGUUUCAUUUUAAACAAUAAAUAUCGCAACAACUA